AUGCGAGCUUCCCCAGAUAUGCGCGAAAGAUACUCCGCAUCCCGAAUCAUCCCCGAAUGUCAUCUUCGGAAGCCGAAGGCUCAGCUUGAAGCGAGGACCGGCGAUACCGCCAAUGCAUUAUAUAUUCAUAUUAAAUCCACCGGUUAUCACAGACUACUCCGACUAGGAGACCUAGAUCGGACGCCGAACUUGGACUCAAUUGCACCGAUUCUGGCGUUUUUCAUCUGCGUGAUUCUACGGGCGUCGACCAGGAUUAGCAGCGUUGAGAAAAAGCAAACUUGCACCUGGUCGAUAACAAGCUCUAGUGGCAAACGGGGCGGAUCUCACCUCAGAUUUGGCCAAUUGCCCACGCUGAUAGGCUCUUGGGCUGCCUCGUGCAUCAGCCAUCAGCCAGUUACUCCAAUGGGGUCCAUCGCCGAUCAGUUGCAGGUCCGAAUCGGCUCCAUUGUCCCACGAUCACUGAAGCGGGCAGCCCAGAGCCUCGACUGGGCCAGAGAAGGGGCGGAAUACUUGUGUAGUAAUGGGCGUGGCUAA